UACACAACCCGAUGGUGGGAGCGUAACGUACUGCAAAUCGAUCUUAGAAAAACACACGUAGAGAGUCUGCAUGCAAGAUAAUAAUUAUUUGCGUGUAAUUUAGGUGGGAUUUAAACGAAGAUGGCCGCCACUACCACAGAAGAAUUGGACAUAAAACAACGAUUUGAGGAGCUGUGUCUGGGUCUAAAUCUUGACGAUUCGUCUGGACGAGAGGCAUGGGAUACAUUCGAACGAAUAAGCGUAAAUUAUACGCUGGAGGGAGAUGAUCUUCACUGGCUUGUCUGCGCGUUGUACGUAGCAUGUCGCAGAUCGACAAUACCCACCGUUGGCAAUGGAACUGUGGAAGGAAACUGCGUUUCUCUGACUCGUCUCUUGAGAUCUGCAAGAUUAAGUGUCAUUCAGUUCUUCAGCAAGAUGAAGAAGUGGGAGGACAUGGCAAAUCUACCCCAGCAGUUCCGUGACAAAGUUGAGCGCCUCGAGCGCAACUUCAACGUCUCGACAGUGAUCUUCAAGAAAUACCAGCCCAUCUACCUGGACAUCUUCAAGAGCGUAACCAAUGAACAGCCACGUGUACCAAGGGGACGCAAACAGAGGAGGCAACCGUGCUCCAACUCUGAACUCUUCUCAUUCUGCUGGACGCUGUUCACUCUCAUCAAAGGUAACUUUCCAGCCAUCAGCGAUGAUCUCGUGAACUCAUAUCACUUACUGCUGUGCUGUCUGGACCUGGUAUUUGCCAACAUUGUCCUGGCCAAUCGUAGAGACCUCCUCAAUCCAGACUUCUCAGGUCUUCCAGAGAACUACUUAAGUCGAACCUACGCAGUGCCACAAGAUUGCCCGUGCAUCAUAGAGAAAUUAUGUGAACUACACGAUGGUUUAGUCCUGGAGGCAAAGGGCAUUAAGGAACACUGGUGGAAACCUCACAUCAGAAAACUCAUUGAAGAAAAGGUGCUGAAAGGGAACUUGGAGAAAUUGUCGGGACUCGUGGAUACUAGUUCAUUCGAACCAAACAGUAAAAGCAUCAACAAACAGUACGAGGAGUAUGUGCUGACCAAGGGAGAUUUCGACGAGCGAAUCUUCCUGAGCGACGAUGCAAACGAGGAGAUAGGCACCCCAGCGAAGUCGCCUGCCAUGAAAGAAGCUACUAGUCUGAGAGAGAGGAUGCAAGCUAAACGUAACCUGCCACAGUAUAUUGAGAAGGUGAAGACACUUUGUCCGUCCACACCCCUCACCAACCGCCGCUAUCUGAAAGAUAAAGACCCGACAGUAACACCGGUCUCCACCGCCACUCAGACAGUCAGUCGUCUGCAGGCGCUGCUGGCAGGACGCAAGGUGGGUCCCAGCGAUGAGCUGCAGGCCAUGCUGACUGAAUGCUGCAGCCAGGACAUCUCAGAGUCCAUCGUCAACCGGGUCAAGGAGAUGGGGGAAUUGUUCUGUCAGAGAUAUACCCAGGAUGACGGUAAUGGACCUCCGAUUGAUUUUGCUAAGAGGAGGUUGACGUUAGCAAAGAGUCUUUACUAUAAAGCCCUGGAGAGUAUCCUAGCUAGUGAGAAGAGACGAGUGGAACAUAAAGGCAAGACGGACUUAUCGACGUUACUGGAUCAUGACAUCUUCCAUCGGUCUCUCCUAGCUUGCUGUUUAGAAGUCAUUAUAUUUGCAUAUAACUCACAAAAGUCAUUUCCGUGGAUUCUGGAGAUCUUUGAGUUGCCGGCGUUCCACUUUUACAAAGUGAUUGAGUUACUGCUGAGGGCAGAAGAAGGUCUAUCGAGGGACAUUGUCAAACACCUCAACCAUGUGGAAGAGGAGAUACUCCAGGACCGAGCGUGGCGAGGUGACUCACCGGUCUGGGGGGCAUUGAGGGAGUCUAGGGACGGUGCACCGUCCUGCGAAGAUGUCUCUAUCACAACCCAUCAGGAUAACGGUACUAAAGCUAACGGUAGUGGACCACAACCCUACCGAUCUCCUGUAGUUCAUCAACGUGUACGGAUGCUCAUGGAGUCUGACCCGGCAAAAAAAGACGCCCUCCUCCAGUCGCCAACCUCCGCCCGCGAUCGGUUCAGCUCGCCGUCCCCGGGUAGCGCUAAGCGUAGACUGUUUGUCGUCACGAGUCCUGUAGACGAGUCCUCCAAGUCAACCAAUGGCACCUCGGACGAGAGUUCUCUCGGUGAGACGACGCUGGAGAGCGGCGUGACAGUCUCCGUGAAGCCCAAGGCCAUCACCCUGACACAACCCAAGACGAGAACGGUGACACAACCCCAGACGGUCACGGUGACGAUACAAGGUAGCAUUAAAGACAAAGAUGGCAACAUCAAGUUCGUCUCCAGCCCUCUGAAGGUCACAACCUCUCCAAGGGUCAUGACCCGAGGUCAAACACAGCAACUGUCCAACGCAACGACGAGUAAGUCGCCGCUCAAGGAUGAGAUGGAGAUCAGUGUGACGGGUACCGGGCAAGGGGAGGUUGAUCAAGCUGCCGUGGCGCUGAGCAAACCGAGGAGAACCGGUUCGGUGGGACUGUUUUUCAGAAAGGUGUUCCACCUGGUCAAUGUGCGUCUGCUGGACCUUGCCCACAAGCUGAACCUCUCAGAGGACCUACGCCGCAAGACGUGGACCUGCAUCGAGUACUCGCUGACCAAACAUGUUGACCUGAUGAAGGACCGACAUCUAGACCAACUCAUCAUGAGUGCAAUAUAUCUCAUGUGCAAGGUAACCAAGCAGGACCAGAAGUUCCAAGACAUAAUGAGAGCGUACCGUCGUCAGCCCCAGGCCCAGAGCCACGUCUAUCGUAGCGUACUCCUCCAAGACAGACGGCAACACUCGGCCAAUGGGACCAACGGGGCAAAUGGCAAUGGGUCACGACAGAGCUCACCAGAUGCCGACAAACAGAAAGUUGAUUCAAGCCCGAACCCACAUGGGCUGAGAGUUCGCUCAGCAAGCACACUCCCCAUUCAUUCCGGUAGCGCCCCUCCCACCCCUACAAGGAUGGCAGGAACGAGCUCAUCGUUUGAAGAUGAAGAUAGAGGGGACCUCAUCACCUUCUACAACUCGAUAUUCGUAAAGAGAAUCCAGCACUUUGCGCUACGUUUCUCGCCACCGAGUGAGGGCAGCCAGGAGAACCUCGAAGCGCCCUCGUUGUCACCGAUGCCAGUCAUCAGGCCGCAUCCAGCGUCGCCUCGCAAGGUGUCGAGUCGACACGAGGUCUACGUCACCCCUCACGCAAACUCUAUUCCGGUUCCGACCAGUCCCAACCAGGGCAUGCUCUACUUUAUAAACAAGAGCCCUGCAAAGAAUCUUCGAGACAUCAACAACAUGAUCAAACUUAACGGUGAGCGUCAGACGCCCAAGCGGGUCCUGCCUCUAGGAGAUGCUAACGACAGCUCACCGAAACGAAUUUGUAUGGAGCCCAACCGCCUCGCACAGCGUAUCAUCAGCCUCAAGUCAGACCGAUGAGGGAUGUGAACCAUGGUCCACUGGAGGUAGUGUAACUAAUUGGGUGGGUUAGCUUUUUAUGCUUAGUGAGGGUUUUUAUGCUUACCAACUACUAAACUGGGCCCAAUUUCAUAGAGCUGCUUAAGCAUUAAAAAUAGCCAAGCGCAACAAAACUUUGCUUACCA